ACCUUUCAGGUAAGCAUGCACAAAGGAAUGGGGAAGUAGAGAUGAAAACGUUGUUCCUGCUAGACAUUGCAGUCGAUCUCAAAACGCUUUUAAGUUCACACAGCACCACCUAAACAGAAGACUUGGAUGAGACAGAAACACAACAUUAACACGACAUGGAGAUGGAACAGAUCUCUGAUCAGAGACAAAAGCUGUUAGCUAGUGGCAGUGGUUCUCUGCCAAGAACAUUGUCCUCAAGAUCAAUCAGUUCAACUGACAAUGUCCUAGCAUUCAUCUGUGAACUUCGCCCUAAGAAAGACCACCAGCUGAAACACAACCAAGAAACAGUGCAGGUUCAGCUGCCAAGUCGCUGCAAUGUUCAUCAGCUGCGGCUGCGUAUCUGCAUUCAAGCCCAAGAGCAGAACUCUCUCUUAGAUCCCUUCAGCUUACUUGACCCGGAGCAGUACCAGCUUCUAUAUAUUAAGGGAGGUGAAUGGUAUGAGAUCCACGAUGAUCACCAGGUCCUGCAUACACUGAAUGCUGAAUGGCAGUGUGAUGCCAAUGGUAAAAAGAUGGCCAGGAUUGUACUGGCACCUCUUCCUGAAGUUACAGAGGAGGCAGAGAGGUUCCACCAGCUUUUGACCUACCUUAUUGGGUACGACCUCAGCACUGCCGCAUCUAAUCGACUAGGGGAACUUAACUUUGCCCGCCGGAAGUUUGCUGCACCCCGUAAAGAGGAACUCCAGAGACGUGACACCAGAACUUAUGCCCUGGAGCCUUGGGUCACCUCAUCACCACUUGUAAAAGAACAGCAGUCACUGCUUUCUUGUGACCUGUUCGUCACUCUGUAUUACAAUGAUAAGAACUGUAAUUUUAAAGUGGACAUUAAUGAUUUUCCAAGUGACCUAAUUGAGACAUUCAUCCAAAGGAUGUUUGACAGUGGUUUUGCCUUGGAAUAUACAGUUGCCUACUUGACAUUAAAGGUCUGUGGGAGAGAGGAAUUCCUCAGUGGAGACUAUCCACUCUCAAACUUUCUAUGGGUACGGCACUGUCUGAAGACCAUGCAGGGGCUCCACCUGUCUGUGCUACCCAUUGCAUCAUUAGAGGAGGACACAGUAAGGUCAGAGGAUUGGCCUCUAGUAGACAGCUUUACUGGACUACCCAGUUCUCAUGAGGAGCUUGCUCUUUCAAAUAAAGAGUUGGAUGACAUCAUGAUGAUAUCACUAAUGGACUGUGACCGAACACUGAGAGUGAAGCUGGUGGGCUUAGACAUACCCCAGCUCCCCAGCAAAGCCCCCCAAUAUAUUCAAGUUGAAGCCUCUGUGCUUUAUGGGAACAAGGUUUUGUCCUCAGUCUGCUCACUGUCAAAGCCAUUUUCGGAUGAAGUUUUGUGGAAUGAGUGGCUUGAAUUUGACCUUCUCCUUAAGAACUUACCAUAUGGUGCCAAGUUGAGUCUCACAGUUAAUGCCACGACUCCUGACAGCAAUGCGGCUGUGGAGUCAAAGCCUCCAUCUGCAGAAGUCAAAACACCUGAUUACCAAAAAGGCAAAGGAAAGGUAUUGUUCUUUGUAAAUCUUCUUCUCAUCGACCACAGAUCUAUACUAAGCCAAGGGCUGCACACCCUGUACAUGUGGCCAUUCCCUGAGCAUGACGAAGAGGCAUUGACUUAUGAGGCAGACAAGCUCUCGUCUGCUACCAACCCUGAUCAAACCAAUUCAAUGGCUAUCACCUUCUUGCUGGACAGGUACAGCUUCCCUGUAGUUCUCCCCAGCAGCUACAACUCUCCCGGGAUCUGUGCUUCUUCUGGGGCCUUGUAUAGAGACAACACAGACGAGGUUUUUCAGCAAUCAAGAUCAGACCAGAGGAGCCCUGGGUCUGGUAAUAGAGAAACGUCACAAUUUUCUAGUAAGGAGACAUUAGACAAGAGUUCCUUAAGGAGGUUUAGAGAAGAGAGUGUCCACUAUGGCUCUAACCUUCCCCAGUUUCUCCGAAACGUCAACUGGCUAAAUCCCAAUGCAGUUCAGGAUAUCCACUGGCUGCUCUCCAACUGGGACCCUGAAGACUUGGAAGUGCCUAUUGCUCUCGAGCUACUCAGUGUGGACUUUGCUGAUAAGAUGGUCAGGAGGCUAGCAGUCCAGAAGCUGGAAACCCUGAGUAAUGAAGAGGUGCAGAGGUACUUACUACAACUAGUCCAGACCUUGAAGGUUGAGCCAUACCAUGACAGUUAUCUGGCACGAUUCCUCAUCCAAAGGGCCCUUAGAAGUAAGAGAAUCGGCCACUUCUUCUUCUGGUACCUGCGUAGCGAGGUGUCCGGCUUCCCCUACUUCCAGCAGCGGCUUGCUGUGGUGCUGGAGGCCUACCUGCUGGGCUGUGGACAGGCUAUGCUGACAAGCUUCCUCCAGCAGGUACAGCUGGUUGAGUGUCUACACAAGGUGGCCAUUGACAUAAAGAAGCUCUUCCCUGAGAAGACUGACCUCUCAGCUACUGCUGCCCAACAGCUGCAGGACAUGCUGAGAUCUUGCAACCUUCCAUCCGAGUUCCAAGUGCCCUACGACCCCCGAGUCAGAGCAGGGGCAAUCAUGCUGGAUAGAUGCAAAGUGAUGGCCUCCAAGAAGAAGCCAUUGUGGUUGGAAUUCUCCUCUCCAGCUUCACAAGGACCUUCUGACCCCCCUGUGGGCAUGAUUUUUAAACACGGUGAUGACCUGCGGCAGGACAUGCUGGUCAUUCAGACCCUCAUAUUGAUGGAUUCAGUUUGGCAGGAAAAAUCUUUAAAUCUGAAUCUGGUACCCUAUGGCUGCAUUUCUACUGGCCAUAACAUAGGUUUGAUUGAAAUUGUGAGGGAUGCAGUCACCAUUGCCGCCGUGCAGAGAAGCAGAGGAGGAAACACGGGAGCGUUCAAAAACGAUGCCCUGCUUGAGUGGCUCAAGGGGAGGAGCCAGCUACAGGAAAUACACUACCAGGCCAUGGAAAGGUUUGUCACUUCCUGUGCUGGCUACUGUGUAGCCACCUAUGUGCUGGGGAUAGGCGAUCGACACAAUGACAACAUCAUGAUCACGGAGCAAGGAAACCUUUUCCACAUUGACUUCGGACACAUCCUGGGGAACACCAAGCGCUUCCUUGGUGUGAACAGAGAGAGAGUUCCUUUUGUUCUCACGCCUGACUUCCUGUAUGUCAUGGGCAGGGUGCCCAAGAAGUCCAGCCUGUAUUUCCAGAGGUUCAAGAAAACCUGUAUCGAAGCAUACUUAGCUCUACGGACCCACACCCGUUUGCUGGUCACCCUCUUCUCCCUCAUGCUGCUCACGGGUAUCCCUGAGCUCAGCUGCGCACAGGACAUGCAGUAUUUGCGACAGGCACUCCAGGACAACCAGAACGAGGAAGUGGCCCGCGACCACUUCCUGCAGCAGAUUGAUCAAUGUGAACAGCUGGGUUGGACUGUGCAGGCUAAUUGGUGGAUCCACAUGGUGGCAGGAAUCAAGUAGUCCUGAGGCUCACCAUUGUGGGAUAUCUCGCCUUCCAAUGAUUUCAUGAAGCACUGAUCUGAUUUAUCAUGUAAAAACAUCUCAAUACCUAGAAUGGAGAGAUUCACAGCUUUACCUGAAGGGUGCAGUGAUACUCAAAGCCUGUCUAAUAUAAUGUAUUAACCUUUACCAAUAGCCAUUGAUUACAUUGGCACUGUUAGCUGUCCUUUGUGUGAUGAAGAAUUUCUGCAAUAAAAGUUCAUGGUCUACCCAG